ACACACACCAUUUCACACUCUCGAUAUUUUAUAUCUAUCUAUAUAUAUAUAUAAUCUAUCUGUUUGUUUGGGGGAGAAGCUCUGUUUGAGAUUAAUUCAAAUUCUCACACAUUCUCUCUCUCUCUCUCUCUCUCUCUCUCAUUCUCACCUUAUUAAAUAAUUUUCCAAUUCCAAUUCCCCCAAUACUUAACAUUUAAUUAAUAAUAAAAAAAAAUAUAAAAAUUUAAUUUCUGAUUUCUCGGCGUCAUCGCCAACCACUAGCUCCUGCUGCUGCCGCAACCAUGGGUGGCGAUAAGGCUCUUAGUCUCGAAGAGAUUAAAAACGAGACCGUUGAUCUGGAAAAAGUACCAAUUGAGGAGGUGUUUGAACAGUUGAAAUGUAACCGAGAAGGUCUAAGUGCAGAUGAGGGAGCCACAAGACUUCAAAUAUUUGGACCUAACAAGCUGGAGGAGAAAAAGGAAAGCAAGUUGCUCAAGUUUCUUGGGUUCAUGUGGAAUCCUCUAUCAUGGGUCAUGGAAGCUGCAGCCAUUAUGGCAAUUUUAAUGGCCAAUGGAGGUGGAAAACCACCAGAUUGGCAAGACUUUGUCGGUAUUGUUUGCCUUCUUGUUAUCAACUCAACCAUUAGUUUCAUUGAAGAAAACAAUGCUGGCAAUGCUGCAGCUGCACUUAUGGCUGGUCUUGCCCCUAAAACCAAGGUUCUGAGGGACGGUCGUUGGAGUGAGCAAGACGCUGCAAUUUUGGUGCCGGGAGAUAUCAUCAGUAUCAAACUUGGUGAUAUUGUUCCUGCUGAUGCACGUCUUUUAGAAGGGGAUCCAUUAAAGAUUGACCAGUCCGCCCUUACUGGGGAAUCACUUCCUGUGAACAAGAAUCCUUAUGAUGAGGUAUUUUCUGGAUCAACUUGCAAGCAAGGUGAAAUUGAGGCUGUUGUUAUUGCAACUGGUGUUCACACCUUUUUUGGGAAGGCUGCGCAUCUUGUGGAUAGCACUAAUCAAGUUGGCCAUUUCCAGCAAGUUCUUACAGCAAUUGGUAACUUCUGUAUUUGCUCCAUUGCUGUUGGAAUGUUGGUUGAGGUAGUCGUCAUGUACCCAAUUCAGCAUAGGCCGUACAGAAGUGGAAUUGAUAAUCUGUUGGUGUUGCUUAUUGGUGGAAUUCCAAUUGCUAUGCCUACCGUUCUUUCCGUUACCAUGGCUAUUGGAUCGCAUAGGCUAUCACAGCAGGGUGCUAUUACAAAAAGAAUGACUGCAAUUGAAGAGAUGGCCGGAAUGGAUGUCCUUUGUAGUGAUAAGACUGGAACAUUGACUCUUAACAAACUUUCAGUUGAUAAAAACUUGAUAGAGGUGUUUGCUAAAGGUGUGGAUAAGGAGCAGGUGUUGCUUUAUGCUGCCAGGGCUUCAAGAACUGAAAACCAGGAUGCUAUUGAUGCUGCCAUAGUUGGAACCCUUGCUGAUCCUAAAGAGGCUCGAGCUGGAAUUAGAGAAAUCCAUUUCUUUCCAUUCAAUCCUGUUGACAAGAGAACAGCUUUGACUUACAUCGAUGACCGUGGCAACUGGCAUAGAUCAAGCAAAGGUGCUCCAGAACAGAUUUUGACUUUGUGUGGAUGCAAAGAAGAUUUAAAAAGAAAAGUUCAUGCCAUGAUUGAUAAAUUUGCUGAACGUGGGUUGCGUUCUUUGGCUGUUGCAAGACAGGAAGUGCCUGAACAAACAAAGGAAAGCCCUGGUGGUCCAUGGCAAUUUGUUGGAUUGUUGUCCCUAUUUGACCCGCCAAGGCAUGACAGUGCUGAGACCAUUCGCAGAGCUCUCAAUCUUGGUGUAAACGUGAAAAUGAUCACUGGUGACCAACUUGCCAUUGCUAAGGAGACUGGUAGACGGCUUGGUAUGGGAACAAACAUGUACCCUUCUUCUUCUUUGCUUGGUGGCCACAAAGAUGCAUCAAUUGCAGCACUCCCUGUUGAAGAGUUGAUUGAGAAAGCUGAUGGCUUUGCUGGAGUCUUCCCAGAACACAAGUAUGAAAUUGUGAAGAAGUUACAAGAAAGAAAACAUAUCUGUGGAAUGACUGGAGAUGGUGUGAAUGAUGCUCCUGCUUUGAAGAAGGCCGAUAUUGGUAUUGCUGUUGCUGAUGCUACUGAUGCUGCAAGGAGUGCUUCUGACAUUGUGCUAACUGAACCCGGGCUCAGUGUUAUUAUCAGUGCAGUGCUUACAAGUCGAGCCAUUUUCCAGAGAAUGAAGAAUUACACCAUCUAUGCUGUUUCCAUCACCAUUCGUAUUGUGUUUGGAUUUAUGUUCAUCGCUUUGAUAUGGAAGUUUGACUUCUCACCGUUCAUGGUUUUGAUUAUUGCAAUCCUUAAUGAUGGAACAAUCAUGACAAUCUCUAAGGAUAGGGUGAAACCAUCCCCAUUGCCCGAUAGCUGGAAACUUAAAGAGAUCUUUGCCACCGGUAUUGUGCUUGGUGGUUAUCUAGCCUUAAUGACUGUCAUAUUCUUCUGGAUCAUGAGGGACACGGACUUUUUCUCGGAUAAAUUUGGUGUGAGAUCUCUUAGAGACAGUGAAGUCGAGAUGAUGGCUGCUUUAUAUCUUCAAGUCAGUAUAGUGAGCCAGGCUCUGAUUUUUGUCACUCGUUCUCGAAGUUGGUCGUUUAUUGAGCGCCCUGGUUACUUACUGCUGUUUGCUUUCAUGGCAGCACAACUGGUUGCGACUUUAAUAGCAGUGUACGCCAACUGGGAGUUUGCAAGAAUUAAGGGUGUUGGUUGGGGAUGGGCUGGCGUCAUCUGGCUGUACAGUAUCGUGUUUUACUUCCCUCUCGAUGUUAUGAAAUUCGCCAUCAGAUACAUUCUUAGUGGAAAAGCCUGGCACAACUUGCUUGAAAACAAGACUGCUUUCACAACCAAGAAAGAUUAUGGAAAAGAAGAGAGAGAGGCACAAUGGGCUCUUGCCCAGAGAACACUGCACGGGCUUCAAGCACCAGAAACGUCAAAUAUCUUUAAUGAAAAGACAAGCUACCGGGAACUUUCUGAAAUAGCAGAGCAGGCUAAGAGACGCGCUGAAGUCGCAAGGCUUCGGGAGGUUCUUACUCUGAAGGGGCAUGUUGAGUCGGUCGUAAAGCUGAAGGGGUUGGAUAUCGACACGAUUCAACAGCAUUACACAGUUUAAGAGAGCUCACAGGAAAUGAAUCUUUUUCUUGUUAACUAAUUAUGAGACUAGUAGAAGUUGAUGAUGAUAAUUGGUAUGGGGAAGGGCAUUUUAUGCUGGAAUAUAUACCCCCAAAACUGUUACUGGUUCUGUUUUUCCGAGUAUUACUACUGCGUAUGGCUGUUUCUGCUUUGUGUAUGUUUUAGAAAGAAUGAAAGCAUGUAAAACAUUUCCAUGACGUAGUUUCCAUCUUUAAAUCA